AUGAAUGGAUCAAAACAAGGAGAAGAUCAAAAAGAUAACGUUGAAAAGGGAGAAAGUGGCUUGCAUCGAAAAUUAAAAAAUCGACACUUGCAGAUGAUUGCUAUAGGUGGAUCGAUUGGUACUGGUCUCUUUGUUGGCUCAGGCUCUGCUCUUGCAUCUGGAGGUCCAGCUGCACUUGUUCUUGAUUUUGCCAUCAUCGGUUUCAUGCUUUUCAACGUAUGUAUGGCGCUUGGGGAACUAGCUGUUACUUUUCCCGUCUCUGGUUCAUUUGCCAUAUACGGUUCUCGUUUUCUCGAUCCUGCCUGGGGAUUUGCUAUGGGCUGGAAUUACGCUCUGAACUGGUUAAUUGUUAUGCCACUUGAAAUAACAGCCGCUGGACUCGUGAUAAACUAUUGGACAACGUCUGUUAAUAUUGGCGUGUGGGUUACUAUUUUCCUUGUGGCGCUUCUCAUUAUUAAUCUCUUCGGUGUUCGAGGUUAUGGUGAAGUCGAAUUCUAUGUGUCUAUCAUUAAAGUGAUCGCUGUUCUCGGAUUCAUCGUUCUCGGCAUUGUCCUUGCAACAGGGGGUGGUCCGAAUCAUCAGUAUCUAGGUGGAAAAUAUUGGCAUAAUCCCGGUCCGUUUGCCGACGGAUUUAAAGGAGUAUGUGCCGUCUUUGUCACUGCUGCUUUUGCCUUUUCGGGCACGGAACUGGUUGGAUUGGCAGCAGCCGAAACGGCCAAUCCUCGAAAGACCAUUCCUCGUGCAACAAAGCAAGUAUUUUGGAGAAUAACGAUUUUCUAUAUUGUGUCGUUGACACUUAUCGGUUGUUUGGUGCCUUAUACAUCUUCACGUCUUCUCAAUGGAUCAUCAAGUUAUGAUGCGUCCGCAUCACCCUUUGUGAUUGCUAUUGAAGAUGCAGGCAUCAAAGUGUUACCGUCUAUAUUUAAUGCCGUCAUUCUUUGUGCUGUGCUCUCAGUAGGUAAUUCGUCUGUCUAUGGAGCAUCUCGAACGCUAUGUGCACUUGCUGAAUAUGGUCAAGCUCCGAAGAUACUCGCUUAUAUUGAUCGUAAAGGUCGCCCGCUCUCCUCCGUUGCCUUGUCAAUGCUUCUUGGAUUCAUUGCUUACAUCAACUGUGCCAAAGUGGGUCCUGACGUAUUUAAUUGGUUACUCGCUCUCUCGGGUUUGUCCUCAUUUUUCACUUGGGGUUCCAUAUGCGCAUGCCACAUUAUGUUCCGAUUGGCGUGGAAGGCGCAAAAUCAUACUUUGGACGAACUUGCCUUUGUGGCACCUUUUGGUAUUUGGGGAAGUUUCUUCGGACUUCUUCUCAACAUCUUGUGCCUCAUCGCUCAAUUCUAUAUAGCUGUGUUCCCUCAAGGUUCUCCUCCUAGUGCAAAGGCAUUCUUUCAAGCCUAUCUUGCCGCUCCAAUUCUUCUUAUAUUCUAUGCCGUAUGGAAAAUUUGGAAGAGAUCACCAUUUAUGCGACCUAGUACCAUAGAUCUCGUUAGUGGAAAACGUUUACUUGAUACAGAACAGCUGAUUGCCGAAGAACGAGCUGAGCAAAUGGCCUGGCCUGCAUGGAAGAAAUUGUAUUUCCAAUUCUGCUGA